CCUCAUCGUAGCCUUUCGGGAUACUGCCGCAAGCAAUGGUGAUAAUAACAAAGACGUAAAAUGGAGGAGCGGUCCACCGCGACCUGUCCACCUUCAACCGCCUCAUGGCCGGCAACUGGGCGGGGCGGUCCAAGGAACGGUGCUCGGUGUGAAUCCGUCAAGCCCACUCCGUGAUUCGACAUUCGAAAUUCGGCAGAGGGAUCGGAGGCAAUGAGGUCUCCUGGCGUGCAUGGGAAGGUGGAGGAUCUCAAGCUCGGCCAACUUCCGAACUUCGCUGAUAGUCACGCUUUCGCUCUCUGCAAUCCCUGCAACAAUUUGUCAUCUGCAACCAGGCUGUCUCCAACAGCGAGCGGUGUUCGGAGUGCGCAGCGACGGGCAGAACUCCGUGAUCUCACCUGUAUCCUGGCAUCGAGUUUGGGCACCCACGGUUGUUAUAGGCGGGCCGGGCCCAUUUUUAGCCAACAAACAGCCGACAAGCCGGGUCUAUAUCAAGGAAGAUGCCGAGCGCUGGGCGAUCCUCCAGUGUGAACUGUGCAAAGUCCUGCACUAUGGCGACGAACAAUAAUUGGCCCUCUUGUGCUAAGCUCCGG